AUCCUCUUCUACUUUAUUCCGCGACUUCAGUUGUGUUGGAAGAAAAAAGUUUUAAACUUGAAAAUUAAUAUCCAGCAAAAAUAAACUUUAAAUUUAAUAGAAAAUAAAAAGUUGUCAGCUUGAUUUGGCGGAGUCCCGAACGGAGAGAGUGAAGAGCGAUGAUUGGAGCGCCAAUGGAGACCAAGGGGAUCAAUGCUAACGGAGAAAGCAAGGCCAAGCCGAGCCGCAAAGCGAUAAUCGAGAAGAAGAAGGCCAUGGAUGCACUGUUGAAAGCAGCUUCUUCCGAAAGGGACCAUCUUUCCGCUUUCCCUGCCUUUCGCCGUUACCAAGCAAACGGCCUGUCUGCAUUGUUGGAAUCAGGACGAGGGGACAAGCUUUCGUCUACCCUAAAGCAUUACAUUCAAAAUCUUCUUAAGGCAAAUAUGGAGGGGCUUUAUGGAUCUGAGUGGCUGGUGGAAGAGAAGGUGAAGCGCAGGGAGAUGGUUGCACCUGAAGCACGAUAUAUAUUUGUACGCGAGGCUUCAAAUGCAAGUGCUAGUGAAAUGUUAACAAUGUCAGAGCAGGAAAGGACCUCAGCUAGUUGUGAGGAGAGGGGGCCCAUGGUUGGGUUUGUACAUUUUCGAUUUGUCAUAGAGGAAGAAUUGCCUGUUCUUUAUGUGUAUGAAUUGCAGCUUGAGCCUCGUGUACAAGGGAAAGGUCUGGGGAAGUUCCUAAUGCAACUAAUUGAGCUAAUUGCUCGCAAGAACUACAUGGGCGCUGUCGUUCUAACUGUCCAAAAGUCAAACUCGGUAGCCAUGAAUUUAUAUUUAAGUAAGAUGAGAUACAUCAUAUCAACUAUAUCACCAUCACGAGUUGAUCCAUUGAUAGGGAUUGAGAAGAGUUAUGAAAUUCUUUGCAAAGCGUUCAGUAAUGAGGCUAAAGCUAUCUUGGAGGAACCACUUGAGAAGGUUCAUCUGGCUUAACAUGAUGUUACUCAGCGCUCCACCAAAGGGCAGAAUCCAGCUAUUGAGGUACCAGAUAAUACAAUUCCAGCAGAAUGCAUUAACUAUAAUAAGUUAGUUGCUGCAAUAUGUUCAGUAUUAUUACUCUUCAACUCACAGAAUCACUAGCAUGCUUUUCCCACUGCUGUACAAAACCACCUGCAAUCGCACAAUGUAAAAAGAAACUAUUGCGUUUGGUUCUUCUGAUCGCAGCAUAGUAAUUGCAAUUCGUACUCGACAAUUGAAGGUAUUUGCCAUUAGCUAAGUUUGCUGCAUGACGGUUGUGAUAACAUCUCAUUUUAUGUACAAACAAACUUAUCUUGUCCCUACAUGCUUCUUCAUUUGCUAAGUUUACUUCUCUCUUGCAUUUGCUGUUAGUGUUGUUGCACAUUGAUAUGAAAACCUGCGGCAUUCGUUUUGUUGAAACUCAAAUGUUGGCUGAAUACCAUCGACAUGUGCUACUCAUUUGAUACUAUCAUGCAUAGGGGAGCAUAAACCGCAAUUAGCUACGUAUUUUCCUUUAAAUACACACCAAGUGACACUGUAAUGGCAGCUUGAGAAAUGAGAAUUUUAUUACUUUC